AUGACUAAAAUCCAGGACAGCGUUCUGAAGAAGCAGGACGAAGACUGGAAAAAAGAUCAACGGGAUCACAAACGAGUGCCAGCAAUCACCAAUGGGAUCGUCAACCCGGCUAAGCCAAGUGUGGGAAACGUCAAACGGGCACUGGAAACUGCUAUUUUGACGCCGCCAGAUAGUGAGGAGGUCAGAAAGCAGUAUGGCCAGACGCAGGGUCUUUGGAGCCAAAGCAGUGGGAAGCUGGAAUACGCGCUCUACAAGACGUUUCUGAGCAUUCUUUUUGUGAUCUACGCGUGCGUGCGUUACAUACAGUACGAGUAUAACCGUGUGAAGAUUCGGAUUCUGAAUCUGGCUUACAGCCCGUCCAACACUCCGCAACUGAUCCGACAGGAUGUGAUGAAACUUCAAAAAUUGCCGAAACGAUUGGCUGCGAUUUUGGAGAAAAAACGCGAGGGCGACGUAGGAGGUGGCACUAGCGGCCUCUUGAAUGAUGGUAGCGAACUGGUCGCCUGGUCGAUUUCCGCGGGAAUCAAGCAUUUAACACUGUACGACUACGACGGUCACCUCAAGCGCAACGUGGACGAAUUUCGCAGCAGUGUUUUCCACAAGCUGUGCAAGUACUACGACCCAACUAAUGUGCCCAAGUUUGCCGUUCGCAUUCCUCAAUGGAACAAAGUGUACUUCAAUUCUGCCAAUGCCGAUACCAGCGAAGCUAAAAAGGUAGCGAUCGAGAUCUCGUUGCUUUCAAACCGUGAUGGCCGUGAAACGAUCAUUGACCUCACUAAGACCAUGGCAGAACUAUGUGCACACGACGAGAUGAAGCUCUCGGACAUCACAAUGAAAUUGAUCGAUUCCGAAUUGACCCAGCUCGUGGGCCAUGAGCCUGAUCUAUUAUUGUAUUUUGGUCCCAGUCUCGAUCUUCAAGGAUUCCCACCCUGGCACAUUCGGCUUACUGAGUUUUACUGGGAACGGGAUAACGACCAGGUCACCUAUUCCGUUUUCAUUCGUGGCUUAAAAAAGUAUGCCUCCUGCAAGAUGAACGUGGGUAAAUGA